AUGGGGUUGUUAUCCCUCUUCUGCAACUGCCUCGGGGAGAGGCUCACAAAAUUCCCAAAGGCCUCCGGGGACGCCUCUGAAGCAGGAGGCGACGCCGCCGGUGACACUUUCGACCUCUUCUUCGAUCUCCGGUCCCUUCAAAUUGCUACCAACUUCUUCUCCGACUUGAACCUCCUCGGUCACGGCGGCUUCGGCCCUGUUUUCAAGGGACUGAUGCCAAAUGGUCAAGAAGUAGCUGUGAAGAAGCUCGCACUAGAUUCGAGACAAGGACUCAGAGAAUUUGUUAAUGAGGUCAAACUUCUAUUGAAAAUUCAGCACAAAAACUUGGUCACACUGUUGGGUUGUUGUGCCGAAGGUACUGAGAAGAUGCUUGUUUAUGAGUAUUUGCCUAACAAGAGCCUUGAUUACUUUCUCUUUGAUAAAAGCAAGUCUGCAGCACUGGACUGGAUGACACGAUUUCGGAUAGUCAUGGGCGUGGCAAGAGGUCUUCUCUACCUGCACGAAGAGGCCCCUGAAAGGAUCAUUCAUAGAGACAUCAAAGCAAGCAACAUUUUAUUGGAUGAGGUGUUGAAUCCAAAAAUCUCGGAUUUUGGCCUGGCAAGGCUCUUUCCGGGUGAUGAUACACAUAUGAACACAUUCAGGAUCUCUGGUACUCAUGGUUACAUGGCCCCUGAGUAUGCAAUGCGUGGAUAUUUGUCAGUGAAGACAGACGUUUUCAGCUAUGGAAUAUUGGUAUUAGAAAUUGUAAGCGGAAGAAAGAACCAUGACAGCCGCCUCAGUACAGUAAAGGCAGACCUGUUAAGCUAUGCAUGGAUGCUUCAUCAAAGGGGGAAGUCAUUGGAAUUAGUUGACCAUACCCUUGCCAAGUUCAAUAGCGAUGAGGCAGCUAUGUGCAUUCAGAUGGGUUUGUUAUGUUGUCAGCAAAUCGUAGCAGAGAGACCGGACAUGAACUCCGUCCAUCUCAUGCUCUCAAGUGACUCUUUUACAUUGCCCAACCCAGGCAGACCUGCAAUUCAAGGUCGUGGAGGACGUUGGACGACAACCUCUACUUCUGCUACUGCUUUCACUGAUACGAAUACAAACACGAAUGCUACUACAACAAGUAAUGAUCUUUCAAAGAUUUCUGGAGGGGGUAGUUUCAUAGAUGAAUAUUCUAGGAAUUCUAUAUCUGUUUCUUCAAAUGAUGAGGGUAGAUAGUUGAUCAUGACCUCCAUUAUUAUUUUAUGAGGAGAGGUUGUUACUCUACUAUGCUUGUGUAAACGAAAUUGUUCUUUUUUGGUAUGAUAUUGGUGUAGUAUGAUUCAUUUUUAUUA